AUGGGUCUGUGGGGAUUGUCGGUGAACAAUGUGGAGGACGGACAAAGUACUCAGGGUGCACCUACCGUGGUGCUGUCAGAGAAGUCCGUCCCCCUCAACGCCUCAGCCAAUAGCAUCAUCUCCUACCCGACCAAGGCUGACAGCAGGGUGUACACUGGAGACGCCUACAAUGAUGACGUAGCGCGGGACGGGCGCUCUAUAGGCCGGGUCACCCACCAGACCACCUCCAUCAACCUACGAGUGUUGGGGAACCACAGCGAGACUAUCCAUUUCCUGUGUGACGAAAGAACGCCCGUAAGCUACACUGAAGGAGUAGAACCUGUCGACAUGAUUGAGAUAAACAGAGGUCAAUACAAACACUGGGCUCUGUACAUUGGAAAUGGAGAGGUCAUCCAUUUGGUAACUCCAGAUGGGCCUUCAAGAGUAUCUUUCUGCAGUUUUAGCUCAUCCAGCGGCAGUGUUUCCUGUAAAGGCACGAUUACAAUCGAGACAUUACAGGAUGUGGCAGCAGGGAAUACUUACAAAAUCAACAACUACCUGGAUGACGAGUACAAACCAAGGAGGACUGACGUCAUUAUGGGGGAUGUGGACAAAAUGAGAGGACGCACAAUAACAUAUGACCUCCUUGGACGCAACUGCGAGCAUUUUGUUACUUUCCUCCGUUAUGGCAAAUCAAAGUCCCAACAGGCAGAUGACUUCCUGAAUAAUGUGUUAACUGGUACUGCAGGCCUGCUUGGUGUACUGACUGCUGUUUCUGCUUCUACAGCUGCUGCAGCAAGCACACUUAGUAAAUAAUUUCUUGGGUCAUUCAUGAGUCCAUGGAGAAUGUCAGUAAUGCAAAAUGUUGUGUAUUGUCUAAUGAAUAAAGGACCAUCUCAAAGACCAA